AUGGCUACCCCUAGUGUCCUAGCUUUUGACGCUGAGGGUCGCGCCAUUGAUUUUGAGGUCUGGUUAGACGACCUGCAGCUGUUCUUACAGUGCGACAGGGCUGACGACCUUUCUCUCUUUGACCUCACCUCUGGCGCCUCUCCUGCCCCUGCUGCUGAUGCUGAUCCCACUGUCCGCUCUAAGUGGGCCACCCGCGAUGCUGCUGCACGUCUUGCUGUGCGUCGCCACCUCCCUACCUCUGAGCGUGCGCACUUUAGUCAGUACAAGAGUGCUCAGACCUUGUACGACGCUGUAGUUGCGCGCUACUCCUCCCCUGCCACUGCUGCACUGAGCCUCGCGCGCCUCCCUGACUCCCUUCGCGUCGUCAGGGACCACUUUCUCGCAGUCUGUCCCACCACCCUCACCGUCGACCUCCUCGAGAAGGCCCUCCUCGCAGCGGAGAAGAGCAUAGUCGCUGUAGGUGCUUCUCGUGGUGACCCUCGCACCCCCAUCUUUGAGGGGUGCUCUCCUUCCCCCUUGCUGCCCUCUGUUGCCUCUGCUGCUGCUGCCGACCUGCUUGGUCUUGAGUCGGUCGGCGCGGCGUCUGCCCCUAGUGGGAGACGUCGCUCCAGCAAGGGCAAGGGGGGCAAGGGCGCGGGUGGAGCUGGAGGGGGCGGUGGCGGUGGCGGCGGUGGCGGCGGAGGGAGUGGGGGUGGCGGCGGGACUAGUGGCGGAGGUGGUGGUGGUGGUGGCAGCAGUGGCGGAGACGGUGGUGGUGGUGCCAGCGGUGGUGGUGGAGGCAGCGGCGGUGGUGGAGGCGGCGGAGGUGGAGGCGGUGGAGGCGGCAGCGGAGGAGGCGGUGGUGGUGGUGGAGGUGGAGCUGGUCGAGGUGGUACCCAGCAGCGUAGCGGCGGUGGUGGUGGCCAGCGCUCGCAGCGGCAGCAGCAGCAGCGCUCGCGGGACAUCCCUCCGCCUCAGCAGCUUCGUGAGUGGUAUGCUGGGCGUCAGAGGGGUGGGGGUACUGGUCCCUGCACCUACGUUCUUCGUUCCGGCGACCGCGCGGGUGAGCAGUGUGGGGGUGCCCACGCCACCCAGCGCUGCUUUGGCCGCCUGACGGACGCUUGGCGUCAGCAGUUCCCUGGGGCUAGUGAGAUCCCUCGCUGGGAUGAGCUUCUCAGGGCUGGUGUAGCGAUCUUUGAUCUUGAUUUUGAUGCUAUCCCUGCUGCUAUGUAUGUUGUGGAUUAUAGUGAGGAGAAUGAGGGUUACCGUUGUUUCCAGCCCGACCCGGGCAUUGGUACUGCUGCGCUAGGUGCUUGUGAGGCUGCUGCUCUAGGUGCCAGUGCAUCUGUGCUCUCAGGUACUGGUGAGACUGCGCUCUCAGGUACUGCGUCGUCCUCGUCCUCCCUCACUUUCACACUUGACUCCGGAGCUUCUCGCUCCUUCUUUCGAGACCGCACUACCCUUACGCCGCUCGGCCGGCCGGUUGCGGUCUCCCUUGCUGACCCCUCUGGGGGUCCUGUCCUUGGAGCGGACCUGCAGGAUGUGGGGGUUCACCAGUUCACUCCUGCGAGUCAGCGGGUGACCCACUGCACGGAGGCACGCACAGGCCGACACCUGGCCACGUUCUCGCGUCGGCCGGGGUCGAGUCUCUACACCCUGACCGUUGAGUCUCCUCCUGUCCCUGCGUCUGGUCAGGUGGCUGCGUCGGGUCAGGUGCUUGCUGCUGCGUCCCGGUCAGGUCCUGAGUCUGCCCCCUGUUCUUGUCGCCUCCUGUCUCACGAGACUCUCCUGUGGCACCACCGUCUUGGCCACCCCUCCUUGCCCCGUCUUCGGAGCAUGGCUUCCCGUGUCCUUGUCUCUGGUCUUCCCCAGUCUCUCCCUCCUCUCCCCUCCGGGCCGGGACCUUCCUGUGUCCCCUGUGUCGAGGGUCGCCUCCGGGCUACUCCUCACUCCUCCCACUUCCCCCCGACAGAGGCUCCCCUGCAGACGCUUCACAUGGAUGUGUGGGGCCCAGCCCCCGUCCGUGGGCAGGGUUACGAGCGCUACUUCCUGUUGGUGGUUGACGACUACUCGCGUUACACCACAGUCCUCCCCUUGCGCAGCAAGGGUGCGGUCACUGAGGUACUGAUCGACUGGAUCCGUGAGGCUCGUCUCCAGCUCAGGAAGAGCUUCGGCUCGGACUUUCCUGUUCUGCGUCUGCACUCUGACAGAGGCGGAGAGUUCUCUUCUCGCCUUCUGCGGGACUACUGUCGUGCACGGGGGAUCCGCCAGACCUUCACGCUUCCGGACUCACCACAGCAAAAUGGGAUUGCUGAGCACCGCAUUGGCAUGGUCAUGGAUGUCGCUCGUACGUCCAUGAUGCAUGCGGCUGCCCCCCAUUUUCUGUGGCCGUUUGCGGUGAGGUACGCGGCGCAUCAGCUCAACCUUCACCCCCGGGUCUCUCGGCCUGCGAUGUCCCCAGCCUUGCUGUGGACGGGGAAGGUUGGCGAUGCGUCUGUGUUCCGUGUCUGGGGAUCUCGGGCGUUUGUCCGCGACUUGUCUGCGGACAAGCUGUCCCCUCGUGCUGCUCCCUGUGUCUUCCUUGGCUUCCCCACUAACGCCCCAGGGUGGCAGUUUUACCACCCCUCCUCUCGUCGUGUUCUGUCCUCCCAGGACGUCACGUUCGACGAGUCAGUCCCCUUCUACCGUCUCUUCCCCUACCGCACUCCUUCCCUCCCCCCUCCCCCGGACUUCCUUGUGCCGGUUCCCCCCCCGGUAGACCCCCUCCCCCCUCAGGUUCCUGCCCCCUCAGGUGUGUCCCAGGUAGACGCCGUUGACCCGGUCGAGGUUACUGGUGACUCUGGUGCUGCUGCGGGUGCUGAGCCUGGGGGUGCUGACUCUGGGGGUGCUGUGCGCGGGGGUGCUGAGCCUGGGGGUGCUACUGCUGGGGGUGCUGGGCCUGAGGGUGCUACUGCGGAGGGUGCGGAGCCUGGGGGUGCUGAGCCGGGGGGUGCUGUGCCUGGAGGUGCUGAGCCUGGGGGUGCUGAGCUGGGAGCUGCUGAGCCUGGGGGUGCUGCGUCUGGAGCUGCUGAGCCUGGGGUUUCUCCUGCUGCUGCGUCUCGCCGGGAGCCCCUCUCUCCACAGGAGCUGCGCAAGUGGUUCGCUCGCCGCUGGAGGCGUGCUGCUGCGUCUAGAGGUGCUGCUGGAGCUGGAGCUGGAGCUUCUUCGACCGUCGAGGGUGCGGGUGCUGCCGGUCCCGGAGCUGCUGGACCUGCGGGUCCUCCUGGAGCUGGAGCUGCUGAGGGCGCUGGUGCUGAGCCUACUGCUGUUGGUCCUGCCGCUGGAGGUGUGGGUGGCGCUGGUGCUGUCGCUGAGGGUGCUGGUGCUGUCCGUGCUGCGUCUGGAGCUGCCGCGCGGCCUCGGCCGUACUUCGUUCCGCUCCUGCAGCAGGUUCUUGGUCUUUCUCCUCCAGUAGAGGGUCCACCGCCUGUCCAGUCGCAGUCCCUGCUGGAGCCUUCCUCUCCCCUGCCUGCUCCCUCUCCUUACACUGGUCCUACUGGAGGUCUUGCUGAGCGUCGUGAGCCUGCGUCUCGUCCCGCGUCGCCUGUUCGUGCUGCUCGCGCUAGUGGUCGCAGUUCGCGUCAGCGUCCUCCUCCUGUCCCUGGCACGCACCGGAUGUCUUUGCGUCCGUCCACUGCUCCUCUGCGUGCCCCUUUGCCUUCUCCUCCGGAGUCCUCUCUUCCUGCGCUUGCCGACCCUGAGUCGGACUCUCUUCGUGCUGCCAGUCCUACUGUCAUGCGUCUGCUUGCUACUGUCGUCACUGACCCCUCUUUUGAGUCCACUGCUGCGUCUGCUCUUGUCGUUGAGCUCGUCGACUUUGCUGCUCGCUGUCGUCUCGACUACGCUGCUAGUCUUGUUGCUGAGUCUGCGUCUGUCUGUCCUCCGUCCGUCGGGGGUGAGUGUGCUCUUGGCACGGACGCCCUAGAGGACAGACAGGAGGAGUUACAGUGUCUAGCGGCUGCUUCACCUCAUCUCGCGUCUGUACUGCUUGCCCCUGAGGGAGACCCGGAUGCACUAGACAUCCCGACUCCGCGUUCUUACGCGGAGGCCUCCACAGGCACCUACGUUGACGCGGUUCCCCCUCCUGGGGCGAACAUCGUCAGUGGCAUGUGGAUCUUCAGGGUGAAGCGGCCGCCGGGCUCUCCACCUGUCUUCAAGGCGCGGUACGUUGCUCGUGGCUUCAGUCAGCGGCAGGGGGUUGACUACUUUCAGACCUUCUCUCCCACCCCGAAGAUGACCACUCUUCGGGUGCUGCUGCACAUAGCCGCUCAGCACGACUACGAGCUUCACUCUCUCGACUUCAGCACUGCGUUCCUGCAGGGUAGCCUGCACGAGGAGAUCUGGCUGCGCCGUCCACCUGGCUUCACUGGGACUUUCCCUCCUGGCACCCAGUGGAGCCUCCGACGGCCAGUCUACGGUCUCCGCCAGGCACCGCGUGAGUGGCACGACACACUGAGGACUACGCUUGCGGCUCUUGGGUUUGCUCCUUCUACUGCUGACCCGUCGCUGUUUCUUCGCACCGACACUUCCCUGCCGCCGUUCUACAUCCUUGUGUACGUCGACGACUUGGUCUUUGCCACAGCGAACACUGCUGGACUCGCCUACGUGAAGUCCGAGGUGCUGAAGAGACACACGUGCACAGACCUGGGUGAACUGCGCAGCUACCUUGGCUUGCAGAUCACUCGGGACAGAGCACGCCGCACCAUUACCUUGACUCAGUCACACAUGGUGCAGCAGGUCCUUCAGCGCUUCGGCUUCACGUACUCCUCGCCUCAGGCCACUCCUCUGCCUACUCGCCACUCACUCUCAGCUCUGCCUUCGGAUGAGUCCGUAGAGUCGAGUGGUCCGUAUGCAGAGCUUGUUGGCUGCCUCAUGUACCUGAUGACCUGCACACGACCUGACCUUGCAUACCCUCUGAGCAUUCUUGCACGCUAUGUUGCUCCUGGGAGACACAGACCGGAGCACAUGGCUGCAGCGAAGAGGGUAUUGCGCUACCUGUGCAGUACGUCGGGCAUGGGGCUAGUGCUUGGAGGGCGGAGUCCAGUGGUCCUUACCGGCCACGCGGACGCUUCUUGGGCUGACGACCAGGCUACGCAGCGGUCGUCACAGGGUUACACCUUCAGCCUUGGUUCCGGCUCUGUCUCGUGGCGGUCUACUCGCUCGUCUUCGGUUCUCGGCUCCAGUUGUGAGGCUGAGAUCUACGCCGGGGCCAUGGCUGCACAGGAGCUUCGCUGGCUCACCUACCUGCUGACUGACCUUGGAGAGCCGCCUCGUUCUCCUCCAGUGCUGUACGUAGACAACAAGGCCAUGCUGGCCUUGUGUCGAGAGCAGCGCUUGGAGCACAGAACGAAGCACAUUGCUCUCCGCUACUUCCUUGCUCGUGAGCUGCAGCAGCGUGGUCAGUUGCGACUUGCGUACGUGGCCUCUGAGGCCAACACUGCUGAUGUGUUCACCAAGGCACUCGCGCCUUGUGACCAUCAGCGCUUUUGCACCCAGCUGGGUCUUGUGCCUGUCUUGCCUCACUUGCUCUCCUCUUGA